AUGCGAGAACUUAUCAAAAGUUAUCAAGUGUGGAACCCUACAACUGACAAGCCGGACCAUACUGCCAUUGUAUGGAAGGAAAAUGAUAAUUAUUACCAAUCCCAGCAUUGGGCAACGACUGAACAAUUCGACCUCGACAGCCUUUCUACCUCCAAGUCCAUCCCCAUUCCCAUGCAAAUUUUCAAGGGCCGUUGGCAUCCAUCUUUAACCGAAUCACCUCCUGUACCUCCCACAGGCUCUUUUCUAAAGCGCCUGUGCAUACUCCUGCCUGAUGACUACGACUCAGACGAGCCAGAAAAGCCAGGUGUGUGGACACCUGGAGACUAUCUGGUCAAGGAGGCCAAAGUCUACGAAAUCCUUAAGCAGCACCCUCACCCUAAUAUCUGCGUCUACUAUGGAUGCGUCCGUGAUGUUGAUCACAUCACUGCCAUAUGUUUGAAACGAUAUGGAUGCACACUUAUGUAUGCAGUUUGGGAAAGUGAUCCCACCCUGAACCAUGCCGCGAUUCUUGAUGGUGUUUCGAAAGGGCUCACUUUUCUGCAUGAGACGCUCGGUCUUGUGCACAAUGACAUCAACCCCGCUAAUAUCGCACUCGAUGACACGGGAGAUCCUGUGAUAAUCGAUUUCGACUCUUGCAUACCGAUUGGGGAGGCGAUAGGGUUGUCUAGCAAAGCGGGAACACCUGGAUGGACAAUGGAGCCGAUGCCGACCAUCGCUCUUCCAGAAAAUGAUAUUUAUGGCCUGGAACAGAUUGGCGAAUUCAUGAAGGGAAAGCAGUUCAUAGAUAUUGUGCCAAUCAUUCAGGAAAAUCUGAAAGGUGGGAUAUGA